UGAAUAAUGACAUGAAAAUAUUAAAAUGCACAAGAUAUUAGACAUACAGUACAUUUAAGUCACAUUCUUGGUAGUAGUAACCACAUGGGUGAGCUACAACAAGUAUACUUCCGUUUUUGCUCUUCCUCGGUUUCCUGUGUCACAUUUAUUGUUUCCCCCAUCAGAAGUGCACAUUUACAGACAUGCUGAGUUGUUUCAAAGAUAAAGUUGGUGAUGUUUUAUUACCAGGAGAUGUAUUUUCUUUUCAAAUGCCUGAAAGUAUCACUGACAGCAAACCCGAGAAAGUCGUUUGUGGACCAGGGCUUCGGCGAAACGGAGAUGAAGUUCUCGUUUGCAAAAGCGGAAUCCUCCGACAUAAACAACCGAAUCUGUACUGGAUAGACUCUCAGCAAAGGCGGGUAUGUAUCUAUGUAAUGACUAAUAAAUAGCUACCUACCUAGAUAGCUAGCUAUAUUAUACAGGUUCUGAUUCAUUACAUGCUUUUGAAGAAGAAAUACACGAUGCGUUGAUAACCACGUGGUUUACAAAGAAAGGUGCAUGCCCAUGAUGUUUCUGAAGAGGUUGGCUACUGUAUCUAGUUAGCUACCAUCUUUGUCACAGUAAACGGCCAAUUCACAACCCCAAUACAAAUAUGGUCUUGGCAGGAAUGAGGUAAAAAGGUUGGGGAAAAUGGAUGGCAUGCAUGAACAUGUUGCACUCUAGUACCAGACUUGGUCUUCCCAAGGGACAUAUCAGGUGAUUGUCACCUGCACAGUCCUUCUCAAGUAAGUUAUGGGCUCACUGCUUAUUUUCUCCCCCCCAGUAUGUUCCAGGGAAGGGAGAGAGUGUGAUUGGCAUCAUAACUGCCAAGUCAGGUGACAUCUUCAAGGUGGAUGUAGGGGGGAGUGAGCAGGCAUCACUCUCCUACCUGGCCUUUGAGGGGGCUACCAAGAGGAAUAGACCUAAUGUGCAGGUCAGUAUUGUCACAAGCACCUCUUUAUUCUUCCAGGUGGCAUGAGCCUUUACCUUAAAGGAGUAGUUCACUAUUUUACAACUUGAUGUUAGAUGGUUCCUCACCCUAAAAAGUGGGCCAAGAGAAAAUGUAAUCCGGGGUUCCGUUUUCUUUAAACAGCCACUACAAACUUCAGCUAACAAGCUAACAAUCAAUGGAAGGCAUGUGAACAUGUAAAAAAAAACAUUCAACUCCAUAUUUGGUUUGAUGUUACUUAAUGGUGAUUUGGCUAAAAAUAAAAAUACAUGCUCACAUACCCCCUUCAAUUCCAUUGAUUGUUUGUUUGUGGUGGCUAAAGUUAGCUGAAGUUUGUAGUGGCGGUUUAAAGAACUGAAACAUGGAUUACAGUUUCUCCUGGCCCAUAGACUACUUUCAGGGAGAGGAACCAUCAAACAUCAAGUUGUAAAAUAGUGAACGACUCCUUUAAACAACACGUCUUUCAAUUUAAAGUUUGAUGGCACUAGUCUUUCUCAAUUUUCUUUCUGUGGUGCCAUUGCAGGUGGGGGACCUGGUGUACUCCCAGUUCAUCAUUGCCAACAAAGACAUGGAGCCGGAGCUGGUGUGUAUAGACAGCUGUGGACGAGCCAACGGGAUGGGGGUGUUUGGAGCAGGGGGGCUUCUCUUCAAGGUGUCCCUGGGACUUGUACGCAGGUAUGUCACAAGACUAAAACUAGUCUAUGGUCAUUUAGCAAGUGUUAUUCAAAACAGCCUUACAGUUAACAAACAUAUUCAGCAUAAAACCUACAUUCUACAGAAGUACACUACCGGUCAAAAGUUUUAGAACACCUACUCAUUCAAGGGUUUUUCUUUAUUUGUACUAUUUUUUUACAUUGUAGAAUAAAAGUGAAGACAUCAAAACUGUGAAAUAACACAAAUGGUAUCAUGUAGUAACCAAAAAAGUGUUAAACAAAUCAAAAUAUAUUUUAUAUUUGAGAUUCUUCAAAUAACCACCCUUUGCCUUGAUGGCAGUUUUACGCACUUUUCCAACAGUCUUGAAGGAGUUCCCACAUAUGCUGAGCACUUGUUGGCUGCUUUUCCUUCACUCUGCGGUCCGACUCAUCCCAAACCAUCUCAAUUUGGUUGAGGUUGGGGGAUUGUGGAGGCCAGGUCAUCUGAUGCAGCACUCCAUCACUCUCUUUCUUGGUCAAAUAGCCCUUACACAGCCUGGAGGUGUGUUGGGUCAUUGUCCUGUUGAAAAACAAACGAUAGUCCCACUAAGCCCAAACCAGAUGGGAUGGCGUAUCGCUGCAGAAUGCUGUGGUAGCCAUGCUGGUUAAGUGUGCCUUGAAUUCUAAAUAAAUCACAGACCGUGUCACCAGCAAAGCACCCCCACACCAUAACACCACCUCCUCCAUACUUUACGGUGGGAAAUACACAUGCGGAGAUCAUCCGUUCACCCACACCGCGUCUCACAAAGUCACACGGCAGUUGGAACCAAAAAUCUCAAAUUUGGUCUCCAGACCAAAGGACACAUUUCCACCGGUCUAAUGUCCAUUGCUCGUGUUUCUAGGCCCAAACAAGUCUCUUCUUCUUAUUGGUGUCCUUUAGUAGUGGUUUCUUUGCAGCAAUUCGACCAUGAAGGCCUGAUUCACACCGUCCCCUCUGAACAGUUGAUGUUGAGAUGUGUCUGUGACUUGAACUCUGUGAAGCAUUUAUUUGGGCUGCAAUUUCUGAGGCUGGUAACUAAUGAACUUAUCCUCUGCAGCAGAGGUAACUCUGGGUCUUCCAUUCCUGUGGCGGUCCUCACGAGAGCCAGUUUCAUCAUCGUGCUUGAUGGUUUUUGCGACUGCACUUGAAGAAACUUUCAAAUUUCUUGAAAUGUUCCAUAUUGACUGACCCUCAUGUCUUAAAGUAAUGAUGGACUGUCGUUUCUCUUUGCUUAUUUGAGCUGUUCUUGCCAUAAUAUGGACUUGGUAUUUUACUAAAUAGGGCUAUCUUCUGUAUACACCCCCUACCUUGUCACAACACAACUGAUUGGCUCAAACACAUUACGAAGGAAAGAAAUUCCACAAAUUAACUUUUAAGAAGGCACACCUGUUAAUUGAAAUGCAUUCCAGGUGACUACCUCAUGAAGCUGGUUGAGAGAAUGCCAAGAGUGUGCAAAGCUGUCAUCAAGGCAAAGGGUGGCUAUUUGAAGAAUCUCAAUUAUAAAAUAUAUUUUGAUUUGUUUAACACUUUUUUGAUUACUACAUGAUUCCAUGUGUCAUUUCAUAGUUUUGAUGUCUUCACUAUUAUUCUACAAUGUAGAAAAUAGUAUAAAUUUUUUUAAGAAAAACCCUUGAAUGAGUAGAUAUUCUAAAACUUUUAACCGGUAGUGUAUGUCUGUUCUACAUUUUACAAAUCUAUCUAAACAUUCUGUAAUGUUGCACCACUGAACACGACCCUGGUUCUGAAUAGUAACUGUCCUCUCUAUCCAGGCUGCUAGCGCCCCAGAGUGAAAUAGCCAAGGACCUGGAGAAAAUGUUCCCCUUUGAAAUUGUGGUGGGGAUGAAUGGGCGGGUGUGGGUCAAGGCCAAGACCAUCCAGCAGACCCUCAUCGUGGCCAACUUGCUGGAGAGCUGUGAGAACAUGACGGCCCAGCAGCGGCAGACGCUCUUCAGAAGGGUGGCCGAUGGAUCCAUCUAGGCUAGGGGACCACUCUGCUCCGGAGAAGGAUGUUCGAGAACUGUCUGAAUUAGUGGGGUUUGUCUCAAUCAUUUGAAGGCAAGGAGGCAUUGGUGUGGUCAUCCUCCUUUCCUUGUCUCCUCUACUCUGACUACUGAGCUAAAAGGACCCGAUUGAUGAAUGCAGUGGAGUUGAAACUUAUCAAGUCAAAGGGGAUUUUGACCCCAGUGUGUUUGCGCUGUGUGAACAAUCACUUAUUCUGAUAUUUUUUACAUCUUGUGUACCCGUGAGUAAGGACAGUGGCCUUUUGUUUGUCAACUCUUUAUUUUUUGAGAAAUAAAUAAUGAAUCUGUGUUGAUUGAAAACCAAAAAAGCAGUGUUCAUGUUCAAACCAGUCCACAAGGGGGCACAACUUUCAUUUGCUAGCUGUCAUCUGCUGGCAAGAAGUGAGACUCGAUUGAUGACUGUAUGCAGGAAAAAACCUCCCAUACUGUGUGGGAGGGGUAAAUAACAGAUCACAGAUGACAUUGAGCAGGACCUAUUCAAGGAAGAGUGACUAAUUAACUCACACACCCACCCUCAUUAAGCUUGUGUACAUACAGUUGAAGUCGG